GAGCUCCCACCUGCCGCCCUUGAACUCGCCUCUAGACUGUUCAAUCUCGCACGCGCGGGCGACACGGUAACACUAGCAUCGUACCUUACUGCAGGUAUUCCUUCAAAUCUCACAAACCACGAGGGCAACACGUUGCUUAUGCUCGCGUCGUACUCGGGCCAUGCGGAGACCACGCAGAUGCUGCUGGACAAGGGCGCAGAUCCUAAUGUUGUGAAUUCAAAGGGGCAGAGUCCUCUUGCCGGGGCAAUGUUCAAAGGGUGGGAUGAGGUCGUGAGUGUGUUGGAUAGAGGCGGCGCAGAGAGACGGGCUGGGCAGCCGAAUGCAGAGGAUUGUGCGAUAAUGUUCAAGAGGGAGAGGUGGAUU